CACAAUAACAGGCUUUUUCUAGAUUAUACAAGUUUGCUUCUGAUGUUGUAUUACUCAAAUAUAAAAGUUGCACACCCAACAAUAUGUUUUGUUUCAUAACAAUAUUUAAUAAUUCAUGAUUUUGCUAUUUACUCAAGCCUGAGUGUUGGUAAUGCUCUUUGCAUUAAUGAUGAUCAUGGCCCACUUACUCACGGGAGAGAGCGCUUGCACAAUGUGUGAGUAGUCAAGCACGCGCUUGCAGUCUGCAGCCAUGCCAGCAGCUCCCUGCCAGCUGUACUCCGAGCUAAAUGCUAACAUAAGCAUGCAUCAACAUGCUCGCAGUGACAAUGCUCAUAUUAUAUUGGCCAUAGUUCAGCCUGUUGGUGUGCUAAUUAGCACAAAACACAAAUCACAGGCUGACGGGAAUGUCAUUAGUUCGGUGAAAAAGCUCGAUGAAAAGUUCAUCCCGAGGUGGGUUAUGAACAUAUGUAUCAGCUUUAAUGGCGAUUCGUCUAAUUUGUGAAUUUACACUGACAUCACAAAUGUCAACCUCAUGGUAAGCACAAGAGGAAAAGUCAGUAUCGCCUGGGGACUGUGAAUAUCACAAAAGUCUAGUCAGAUGUUGAAAACUUCGACCUGCCGGUGAUGUCUAGAGGUAAAGACAGGGUAUCACCAAAAUCAGAACAAUUCGUCCUCCGAGGACCAUUAAUGUCUGGAGAAAUGUUCGUUACAAUCCGUCUAGUAGUUGUUAAGAUAUUUCAGUGGACAGAAAAACAGGCUGACAUCGUCAUCCCCUAGAGCUGCUAACAUGUCUCUUGUCAUCACGCCUCUUUACUGUAAAAGAAGCAGAUCAGGUAGAUGAUUUUUCCAAAACUGCAGUGUGUCUCUCAAAUAGUCAGUCUCAGCCACAAAGUAGUCACGGAUUACAGAUUAAGACGAUGUCUAGCGUGGGAGCUGGUAAACCUCAACUCCACUCCAAGCAUAGGUUUCAUUUUACCCUACAAGACAGUCAGAAAUGAAACCACCAGUGGUUUAAUAACCUGAGCAACCAACGACUCCUCCAGCCGUGCCGUUAAGACACAAGACACCAUAAUCAUUCUUUUGUAAAGAAAACCUCUUCAUGGUAACAUUAGCAUAAAGCAUCAUUAUAUAACAAACAGCCACCAGAUGACUGUUAUCACAGACGGGGUAAAAGAUGGAAGGAUUUGGAUGUGUGUGGUUCGUGAAAAGAGGGAAGUGAUUCUGGCUAAUAAUACACAAAAUGGGUUAACCCAGACACCUGUUACUUUCCCCCUAUCACCGAAUAUCAAUGUUAGUGUUACAGUGUUCUUUCAGUACUCGUACAGGACGCAUAACAGGACCUGUUUUGAAUCUCUCUCGUGAACAAUGUUCUUCCACUCGAUGUGCGUGCCGCUGCUGGGCCUGUGGUGCUUUCUCUCCAUAUCAACAUCUAGCAUCUCAUACCCAAAAACUCUGCCGUGUGAUGUCAGCGAGGAAAGCAACGGGACUGAGCUGAAAGUGAACUGCACUGAGAGAAACCUCAAAGACGUCCCCAACGGCAUCCCCAGAGACACUACCAAUCUGACGCUCACCAUCAACCAUAUCCCUCAAUUAAACUCCACCUCCUUCCGAGAUCUGGUGAACCUGACUGAGAUUGACAUGAGGUGCAACUGUGUGCCCGUCAAAAUCGGGCCCAAGGACCGCAUAUGCUCCAAGAGCGUGACAAUAGAGGAGCAUGCCUUUGCCGGUUUGAAGAAUCUGCGAGCGCUGUAUCUAGACGGCAAUCAGCUCGACAGUAUACCCAAAGGCCUGCCUUCAAACCUGAUCCUGCUGAGCUUGGAAGUGAAUAACAUUUUUCAUAUUUCUAAAGCAAACCUCUCCGGGAUCAGAAAUGUUGAGAUGCUUUACCUCAGUCAAAACUGCUACUAUCGUAACCCAUGCAAUUGUUCCUACUAUAUAGAGGAAGGUGCGUUUUUGCAGCUUGAAAAAUUAACAUUGUUAUGCCUUAAGUCAAAUAACUUAUCCUAUAUUCCACAUCAACUACCCACAAGCCUCAAGGAGUUGUAUCUCUACAACAACAACAUUGAAGAAGUCACAGAUGAGGAUUUCAAAAACCUAACAAACCUUGAGAUUCUGGAUAUUAGCGGAAACUGUCCCCGAUGUUACAAUGCUCCUUACCCAUGCAACCCGUGCCCGAACAAUUCGCCGCUUAAAAUCAGCAAGACGGCUUUUAAAAUGCUCAAGAAACUGAAGACGCUCCGCAUGCACAGCAACUCUCUGAUUUCCGUACCAUCUGACUGGUUUGCGAACAUGCAGGAGCUCAGGGUGCUUGAUCUCUCGUCAAACUUUUUGGCAAGAGAGAUGGGAGUCACUGCCUUCCCACGUUUCCUUGGCAAACUCGAAGAACUGGACCUGUCAUUUAACUAUGAGCUGCAGAAGUAUCCUAAAACAUUGAGACUGAACUGCAGUUUCACUUCCCUCAAAUCCCUUAAAAUUCUCAGACUAAAGGGCUAUGUGUUUCAGCAGCUAAAGCCUGAGAGCAUUGCUCCUUUAAAGGCUCUCCCAGGCUUGCAGGUUUUAGAUCUGGGUACAAACUUCAUUAAAAUGACAAACCUUAGUAUUCUGAUGGAAUUAAAAAGCUUUCAAAUAAUCAGCCUCUCUGAUAAUAAGAUAUCUUCCCCCUCUGACGGCCAAGACGCCGUCGGUUUCUCUGGAGGAGAGCCGUUUGAGUGGUCACCCAUGUCAGCUGCUGCUCCGUAUCAAAAUAAGGAAGUGAGAGAGAUUCAUUACUUUAGAUAUGAUGAAUAUGCACGCAGCUGCAAAUACAAGAGUAAAGAACUCGGCGUCAUUACAUCCUUUGUCAAAAGGGAGUGCAGUCAGUUUGGCAAAACCCUGGAUGUGAGCAGAAACAACAUAUUCUUCUUGCAUCCCAGUUUUUUAAAUCUCGGGGAGCUGAGAUGUCUCAAUUUGUCUGGAAAUGCAAUGAGCCAAAGUCUGAAUGGAUCUGAAUUUACCCAUCUGACUAAUUUACAAUAUCUGGACUUCUCCUCAAAUCGCCUGGACCUGCUGUACUCCACUGCGUUUCAAGAGCUGAGCAAUCUGGUCAUUUUGGAUAUAAGUAAAAACAACUAUUAUUUUGAGUCGGAGGGAUUGACUCACAUGCUUAAUUUCACUCAAAAUUUGAAAAAGCUCAAGAUACUGAUGAUGAACCACAACAAGAUCUCUACUUCCACUAACACAGAGCUGGAGAGUGAAUCUCUAGAGAGGUUAGAGUUCAGAGAUAACCGGUUAGAUGUGAUGUGGAGAGAUGGGACCAGCAGAUAUUUCAAUUAUUUCAAGAAAUUAUUUAAUCUGACCGUCCUCGACAUCUCGGAGAACAACCUCGAUAAUAUUCCAAAGCCUGUGUUCAGCGGUCUGCCAGACAAACUGUCUGAGCUCUACAUCAAAAAGAACAGACUACAUUCAUUUUACUGGGGGGAAUUACAGUUUAUACAGUCUUUGCGAGUCUUAGAUCUGAGCGGGAACAGCUUAACUACUGUUCCACGCAUGCUGUCAAACUGUACCAAAUCUCUGGAAAAACUCGUUUUGCAUCAUAACCAAAUCCUAAAACUCACACCAGAUUUUCUCAAGGAUGCCUACAACUUAAGGUAUUUGGAUCUUAGUUAUAACCGCCUAAAGAACAUUGACAAAUCGAGCUUUCCAGAUGAUGUUGUUGGUCAGAUGCAUAUGCUGCUUCUGCACAACAACAGAUUUGUGUGCAGUUGCAAUACCACUUGGUUUGUAAUGUGGCUCAACAGUACAACGGUGCCCAUCCCCAGACUGGCUACAGAUGUCACCUGUGCCUCUCCAGGAGCACAGAGGGGUAAAGCUGUGGUCUUAGUGGACCUGCAGGCCUGCCAGCACAGCUACCUGUCGAUCAUCCUCUACACCCUCAUGACUUCUCUGAUCCUCAGCUUCCUCGCUCUGUCCAUCUCCAGCCACCUCUUCCUGUGGGACGUCUGGUACAUCUACCACUUCUGCAGGGCCAAGCUUAAAGGAUAUGGACGCCUGUACUCCCAAAGCUCCGUCUAUGAUGCCUUUGUCAUGUAUGACAAGGAGGAUCCUGCAGUGACCGAGUGGGUGAUGAAGGAAAUGUGCUUUCAUCUGGAGGAACGCGGAGACCGUCCUCUGACGCUGUGUCUGGAAGAACGCGACUGGAUCCCUGGAUGUCCUCUAAUCGACAACCUCUCCCAGAGCAUCCACAAGAGCAAGAGGACCAUGUUCAUUCUCACCAACAGAUAUAUUCAAAGUGGCAACUUCAAGACAGCUUUCUACAUGGCUCACCAGAGGCUGAUGGAUGAAAAAAAUGACGUCAUCGUACUGAUCUUCCUGGAAAAAGUACCUUGCAAUUCAAGGUACUUGAGAUUGAGAAAGAGACUGUAUAAGAGGUCCGUGCUGGAGUGGCCAACAAAUCCUCAAGCCCAGCCGUACUUCUGGUUCAGCCUGAGGAGUGUAUUAGCAACAGAAAGCCACAAACAAUACAGCAACCUCUUCAAAGAGACACUGUAAAUAGAACAUAUACUCUAAUAUGGC